AUGGAUUCGCCUCUCUGCGCUAAUGGUUGUGGCUUUUAUGGAUCCAAGGAUAAACAAAACCUGUGCUCCAAGUGCUACAAAGAUUUUCAAGCACAAGAACUUUCCCAGGAAGCACCAGAUCAAGUACUGCAUGCAAAGAACAUGGAUCGCCAGCUUGCAGCGAAUGGAUCGAAGACGAGGUGCAAGAGCUGCAACAAGAAAGUGGGGUUGACAGGGUUCGAUUGCCUGUGUGGGAACGUGUUUUGUGGAAUGCAUAGAUACCCAGAAGAGCAUGCAUGCACCGUGGAUUUCAAGGCUAUUGGAAGGGAAGUUUUGGCCCAGAAAAAUCCGAUUUGCAAGGCCAACAAGUUGCAUUGGAGGGUUUAG